AUGUCCGCAUACCAAGAUUGGAAUAAACUCGAUGAUGACGAGGAAGACGAGCUUCAAGACAAUUCUGCUUAUGAAGGAAGGAAGGAUGUAAUACUAUUUUGCAUUGACUGUUCCCCGUCCAUGCUGGAGCUGCGCGAGGAUCCAAGAUAUGAAGACGUUCAGACGUGCCACCUAUUCACCGCCCUAGAAGCGGCCAUACACAUACAGAAGAAGAAAGUAAUAGUCGGGCCUAAUGAUUCUGUUGGAAUAAUGCUGUUUAAUACGACGCGAAGAAAUGAGGCUGGCGGUCAAGGUGCAGACAUCAAGAAGGGCAACUACGUGUAUCAGCCUAUAGACACAAUUAAUGCGCCUACUAUACAAGAACUCAUGCGUUUAAUUGACGCUGCUCGGGAAGACCCGCAUGUAUUGCUAGAAACAUUUCCGUCUUUGACAGAGUCUCGUGUGCCGACAGGUGAUGUCUUCACGAGCUGUAACUGGGUCAUGCGUGACGGCGCACCAAAGACUGCAACCAAGCGCGUCUUCCUCAUCACAGAUGAGGAUAACCCACAUGCGGGACCCGGAAAGGAACGAUUUAUUACCACAGCGCGAACCACGCUUAUGGACCUAGUGCAGGCCGGAAUUGGCGUGGAGCCAUUCUUCAUUAGCACAGAUGAGAAACCAUUUGAUCCUACCAAGUUCUACUCCUCGGUGCUUCUGCCCACCAAUAUCACCGACGACGAUGGAGCAGAAGGCACCAUUCUCCCAGAGUCUAUCUCGAUCACCCGGGUGGACGAGUUGUUGGCUCAGAUGAGCUUCCACGAGGUACCGAAGCGCGCGCUGUUCAGCGUGCCGUUUGAAUUCGCCAAAGGGUUCACAAUAGGGGUGAAGGGAUAUGGCCUGGUGACUGAGCAGAAGAAGGGCUCGUACAAGUACUUCGUAGACUUCGGCGAUCGGAUGGAGGUCGCCGUGACUCGCACGACCUAUGUCGAUGAGGAGAAAGAGACGGAAGCAGACAAAGAGAGGCUACUAUAUGGUAUGGAACUGGGAAGCACGGCUGCAACCGAAGAACAUGCACACGAGUCCGCCGACGAAGGGGGUGGCCCUGCGAGAACUGUGCCAGUGAACAGUCGGGUAUUCUACACAUUAGGCGAAGUACGCUCAUUCCGGACCAUGGGUCUCAAACCCACGAUCAAGCUGCUGGGAUUUAAGGAUCGUUCCGAGCUAGCCUUUGAGGACAACGUGAAGCAUUCCUUAUUCAUCUAUCCCGACGAGAUGAGCUACUCGGGCAGCAAGCGUACAUUCACUGCGCUCCUCCGAACCAUGCUCCGGAAAAAGAAGAUCGGUCUCGUACUGUCUGUAGUACGGCGCAACGCCUCGCCAAUAUUCUGUGCUCUGCUUCCACAGAAAGAGAAGACCGAAGAAAGCGGCUGGCACGAGCCACCAGGGUUCCAUCUCAUACCGCUACCAUUCGCGGAUGACAUCCGGGCAGCCCCGAUAGAGGAGACCGUACGCGCCUCCGACGAGCUGAAAGACGCCGCGCGCAAGUGGGUGGACAAGCUCACCGUCAAAAACGGCGCGUACGCGCCGGACGCGUUCCCCAAUCCCGCUCUGUCGUACCACAAUGCCCAGCUGGAGGCUAGUGCAUUCCGCGAGGAAUUCGACCCCACAUCGUUUGAGGAUCCGACGGAGCCGAAAUACGAUAGGAUGCACCAGCGCGCGGGCGCACUCAUGAGAUCGUGGAAAGAGGCGUUGCUACAAGACGAGGCCGCGCACACGAGCAUCGUCACCGCUGGCUCGAAGCGCAAGGCGGACACCAGUGUCGACGAGGCGGAGAUUCGGAGCAAGCACGAGCACGGGAUGUUGACCAAGCUCCGCGUUGAUCAGCUCAAGGACUUUCUCAAGAGCAAGAGCUUGUCGGUGUCAGGGAAGAAAGCCGAGCUGGCGGAGAGGGUUGGCGAAUGGCUCGACAGCCACCAAUAG